AUGCCCCAUAGCCUGUCUUUCAGCACAUGGAACAUCCAUGGCCUAUCACAUAAUGUCCUUGGUGAUAAAACGAAAAUCAAGGACUUUACUGAUAAUAUUAUGAAAACAGACUUCAUGUUCUUAACUGAAACAUGGUCUGAUAAAGAAAUUAGUAUUCCAGAUUUCAAGGCAUUUGUCUCUGACCCCACAACACCUCGCACUGACAGACCCAGUAGGAUGUCCGGUGGGGUUACACUUUUAGUAAAACUCAAAUAUGAAAAAUAUGUUUCAAUUGAGGAAAAAUCUAAAAAUUACAUUUGGUGUAAAGUCUCUAAAGACCUUUUCAACAAUAAUAGAGACUUAUUCCUUUGUGGUGCCUAUAUACCACCAGAAAAAUCAUCGUACUUUGAUCAAAAAAUUUUUGAUGAAUUAGAAAAUGAUGUAAUUAAUUUUCUCUCAAAAGGUAAUACAAUAUUAUUAGGUGAUUUUAAUGGAAGAACAAGUACACUUAACGAUUUUGUUUCCAAGGAUGGAAAUAACUAUACUAAUGAUUUAAGUGAUGAUAGUCUACAACCAAAAAACAGACUCAACUUUGAUAAUACUAAAAACAACCAUGGUUUACAACUUAUCAACAUAUGCAAAAAUACUGACAUGAGAAUCCUAAAUGGAAGAACCAAAGGCGAUUCUUUAGGUAGACCCACAUUUCAUGGAAACAAUGGUAUAAGUACUGUUGACUAUAUAAUAUGCGAUCAAGAAACAUUUCAAAAUGUUAACUAUUUUGUUGUAAAGCCACCAACCUAUUUAUCGGACAACAGUCAAAUAGUUACAUGGAUUGAUCUUGAAAAAACUUUACUUGACAGUGAAAAAAACCGGUCCAAACCUGAACAAACCCCUUUACAUAAACUACAACUUCAAUUUGAUUGGUCUGAAAACUCAAAAAGAAAUUUCAGACAAACUCUAAAAUCACCUGAAAUACAAAGAAAACUUGAUCAGUUUCUGCAGUCCACAUUCACUAAUGACGAAAAAGGAGUUAAUGAAUGUGUGACGGAAUUCCAAAAUAUUAUAACUCACGCAGCAAAAAAAUCUUUGAAAAUAAGAAAAAAGAAAACUAGAAGAAAAAUAAACAACGUAGAAAACAAAAAAUGGUUUGAUAAGGAAUGUCGAUUUAAAAGACAUGAAUUACGUAAAAUUGCAAAUCAAAAACAUAGAGACCCAACAAAUUUGGCUAUAAGAGAAGCCUACCAUACUGCUCUCAAAUCCUACAAAGAAACUUUAGAAAGAAAAAGAACUAAAUUUCAAAACGACAUGCUAAUUGAACUAGAAAAGGCUGCUGAAGACAAUCCUAAUUCGUUCUGGAAAACUUUCCGAAACGCUUCAGAUGAAAUAAACAAUGCUAAUUCCGACAACACCCCAAAAGGGGAUGAUUGGUUCAAUCACUUUUCCAAAUUGCACUGCAAGCACAAACUAACUAAAGAACAUGAAAAAAUCGUUGAAAAUCUUCAAAACUAA